GCGGUAUCCGAUAGAGGACAUGCACACAGCCCUAAUUUCGUGCGUUAGCCAACUGAGAUGAACCAUGCAUGCAUAUCUUGAUGCAACCUAAUCAGGCAGUCGCCCUAAGCCUCAAAAUUCCGGGGCCUCCUAAACCAUAUUCAAUCGGAUGGUAAAAUUCAAUGAUGUCAGAUUCUAGUUUGGCGUCUCGCCCUCCUGCGGCUGAGUUUACUUAUCUACCAACGUAUGUUUGAUGCGGUGAAUAUAUAAACUUGCGUAUCCCACAUGCGGCCAUGUAAGCGCCAAUGUGCGACGUUCAAAAAGUUUGCUUGCAUAAAUACCCAAGCAGGCUCUCGGAGCCUCGUCGUGAUUGACAGUUUUCUUUCCCUAUAAAUCCUCAGAAGGUCUCGAAAAAAAAAACACCUUGAUAAUAAUCCUUGUGAAUAUCAUUACGGUAUUUAUCAAUACCUAGAACUCAAUCGCUAGAAUCAAACAUCUCCUUACGCAUCAACUGCUUUCAUAAUGGCUUGCCACCACGACAGCCAUUACUGGAACCACGACCUAACCCGCAAUCUGGCUCAGCGUCUCUCGCGCGACAGCCGCCACAGCGGCCAUGCGACACAAUAUAUAGUUAACGAGGGGAGGAUGGUCGUCGACCAGAAGACGCUGAGACAUAGCAACGCGGUCAUCUACAACGCGCCGGGCUCCACUCUUCGGUUGGUCCCGUCCAUGCGCGCCCCCUAUUCCAGCACUAGCCACACCACGCACUACGUACCGGAGUCGCCUUGGUGGACGACGUCUUCGUCGAUCCGCCGGUGUCACGGCUGCUACGAGCACCGAGAGAUCUACUAUGGGAAUUACUGCCACAAAUGCACAUCAAUCCAACGGGUGUCUCCGCCGCGCGAAAGACACCAGUUGGAAGACUACCGGUAUCGGCAUGUACCACGAGUACCAGAAAGGAAACGUGUUGGAUGGCACUGAUUAAGCAGGAUUAAGCAGUUCGGUCCGUGGCAAUUGAAUAUAUGUUAGAGGAUGUUAUGAAAGGAUCUGUUUUUAGGGGCAAUCCCAUUAUGUGUUUCAUGCACUUGUUUUACAUUUGGUCUCAUAUUUAUACUGACACCUCUUUGUAUGGCAUUAUCAAAGCCUCAACCAAUAAUAUGCCCCGUUUUACAGUUUAUAGUAACGUUUUGAUAGACCUAGGUACUAAAUAAAUAACCUCCUGUCUCUAGGCCGAUACUUGGGCGGAUGGAGAAUCAUAACGUCCA